CAAAGAAAGAAAAAGGCCUCUCACUCUCACCUCAAAAAGUGAAAUUUCAAAGGCUAUUUAUAACCCUUCGUAGACAGUCAGUCCCCAUUCCGAUUCUCACAACCAACAAACAAAAAAAAAUAUUGGUUGCCUCGGCCAUUCAAAGUCACACUAGCGUUUUAAAUAAGAUCAAACCCCUUUUUUACAUCUUUGGUUCCAAUACUCUUUGUCUCUCAGAAAAUCAAGAGGCCAUCCAUAUGAGCAAUCUACAUGCAUGCCUCCUUAGGAAAAGAACCAUGCUUAUAGUAAGAAGCUUCACCAUCUUGCUUCUCAGCUGCAUAGCCUUUAAGUUAGCUUGCUGCUUCUCUAGCAACAUUUCUUCUUUGAAGGCCCUUCCCCUAGUAGGCAACUUGGAUUUUGAACAUGUCCAUCAGGCCUCCAAAGAUUUUGGAAAUCGAUACCAGUUGAUUCCUCUGGCGGUCUUACAUCCCAAAUCGGUAAGCGACAUCGCCUCAGCGAUACGGCACAUCUGGAUGAUGGGCCCUCAUUCACAGCUUACAGUGGCAGCGAGAGGUCGUGGACACUCACUCCAAGGCCAAGCACAAACAAGAAAUGGGAUUGUUAUACGCAUGGAAUCUCUCCAUCCCCAGAAGCUGCAGGUCCACAGUGUGGAUGAUGUUCCGGCUCCAUAUGUUGAUGUGUCCGGUGGUGAGCUGUGGAUAAACAUUUUGCAUGAGACCCUCAAGUACGGCCUUGCACCAAAGUCGUGGACGGAUUACCUACAUUUAACUGUAGGUGGCACUCUUUCCAAUGUUGGAAUCAGCGGCCAGGCAUUCCGACAUGGACCACAAAUCAGCAAUGUUCAUCAACUGGAGGUUGUCACAGGAAAAGGCGAGAUCCUAAACUGUUCAGAGAGGCAGAACAGCGACUUAUUUCAUGGUGUUCUUGGUGGGUUAGGUCAGUUUGGCAUCAUAACACGGGCAAGAAUAGCACUGGAAGCAGCACCAACCAUGGUAAAAUGGGUAAGAGUGUUGUACCAGGAUUUCUCUGCCUUUAUCCAGGACCAAGAGCGUCUAAUUUCUGCAGAUAACAAAUUGGACUACGUUGAAGGGUUUGUGAUAAUAAACCGGACGGGACUCCUAAACAACUGGAGGUUAUCUUUCACCCCAGAGGACCCUUUACAGGCCAGCCAAUUCAAAUCUGAUGGAAGGACUCUGUAUUGUUUGGAGGUAGCCAAGUACUACUUCAAGCUCGACGACAAAGAUGUCAUCAGCCAGGGAGUCAAAGAAACAUUAAGUGAACUAAGCUACAUCUCGUCGACACUGUUUACAUCGGAGGUAACAUAUGAAGCAUUCUUGGACAGGGUACAUGUGUCAGAGGUGAAACUUCGAUCGAAAGGGCAAUGGGAGGUCCCGCAUCCAUGGCUGAACCUCCUGGUACCAAGAAGCACAGUGAAAAAAUUUGCAAAAGGAGUAUUCGGGAACAUCCUAACCGAUACAAGCAACGGGCCAGUCAUAGUGUACCCGGUGAACAAAGCAAAGUGGAACAACCGAACAUCAGCAGUAACACCGGAGGAAGAGAUAUUCUACCUAGUGGCGAUCCUAACAUCGGCAGUUCCAGGCAAGGAGGAUGGAGUUGAACAAAUUUUGAAGCGGAACCAAAGAAUACUAGAAUUCAGUGAAGCAGCAGGUAUAGGGUUGAAGCAGUAUCUGCCACAUUACACAACAAGAGAGGAGUGGAGAUCCCAUUUCGGUGCCAAGUGGGAUGAUUUUGUCAGGAGAAAAUCUAGAUAUGAUCCACUGGCAAUACUUGCGCCUGGCCACAGAAUCUUUCCAAAGGCACCAGUCUUCUCUUCUUACUCCUCAUCAUGACCCCCCAGAUUAUAGCAACCCUUUCUAGCCCAAUAUUUCCCAAACAGAUUUUUCGAUUAAAUGGAAUUACUUACUCGUCCAUUACAAAACGACAAACACGAACUACGAAAGAUUCCUCCGACCAAAGCCGUGGUUAACCUACUUUUGUCCUUCGAUACGUACUAUAUUGUGUAAUCAAUCUCCAUCUGUUUUCUUACGCACAUACUCAGACUUUACAACGAAAUCAUGAUGUAUGUGCUUGCCGUGUAAGAAAACAUUCAACGGCAAAAGGUUUCUCCUUUCUCUUCGAAUUGCAGAUUUAGUUGUUCUUCAGUAUGACUGGGUCUCCAAAACUGUAGAACAGAAAAGGGACUGGACUGUGUGAUGGUAAUAAUCGGGGUUCAAUCAAUUCUCUCCAAAAGGAUUAGAGAUUGUGAAAUGAUUCGAGAAAUAGAGACGGUGUAAAGCAGUCGAUCGGUUCUUCUGGGGAGGGUGAUCGGAAAUUAAUGUCUUCUCCAAGCUUUUUUUUUUAAUACUAAAACCCCCACGUAUGAAGCCCGAUUGUUUUUUUGGAAAU